AUGACAGACUCACUCGAUAUACUCUCUACAGCCGACCGUCUCCGACACGGAACACCAUGCACACUCGCCAACGAAACCCCUCGCCAAGGCGGCUCCCACCGCGUCUUCAAAAUCAUUUUCAAAGACUCCAUACAGUGGGCAGCCCGAAUCCCCCAUGACCCAAGUGACUGGACAUACGAACUCCGUGCCUUGAAACAUUUCCAACACAUCAAACAGCAACAUCCGGAAAUCAAAGCACCAACCUUGUUCUUCGAGGAAGGACACCCAGUUCUGUAUUCGGAAUGGGUCAGUGGCACGCCGCUAGCAAUCUGGAAUUUUCAAAUUCCUUUGAUUAAACGGCAAAGUCUUUUGGAUGACAUUGCGGAGUUUCUGCAGCAGCUGUGGACGACUCCUACUCCUUCCCCAGGCAAGAAGGGCCUGUACUCAACCUGGCUCACGGAAAGUCUAGAUAGAGGUCUAAGGAGGACCCUCAAUGGUACUGCUAGAUGGGGAAAUGCUGUUGAUUAUCUCAUUAUGCGAUCUAUGAUUCCGGAGUAUGCCGAGUUUGACAAAUAUCCUGCUAUCGGCUUUGAUCACGGGGAUCUGAAUGCGUAUAAUAUUAUGACAGACGAUUUCCACUUGACAGGGGUUAUCGAUUGGGACUGGAUAUCCACCGCACCACUACCAGCCGUUAUCCACCACCCGUGGUUCAUAGCGGAUAUCCCUGGAUGGUAUAAUGAGGGUGUGGAAGAAGGUGAUAACUUCGGCGAGGAUCGUCUUUAUCUUGAGUAUUCUGUAAGGAAGAAAGAACUUGAGCAGAAUAUGCCGCCUACGGUGUCGACGUUGUUAAGGGACUCCGAGGAGAGAUUGUUUUUUCAAUCGGCUUUUCAUUUUAGAGACAUCCAUAUGAAGUUUGUUGAGAUGUAUUGUAUGUUGACGGAGAGUAAUAGGAGGGCUGCGAGGGAGCAGUUAGAUGCGGUGUUGGAGUUGUAUCCUGAGUUGGGGGGUGAGGAGGGUGUGCGGAAGGUCAAGGACCUGCUGGAGACAGACGGAGAGUAA